GCUGCUAGGCUGAAUAAUCCGGUCUCGUCGAUCGGUAAAGUGUCAUCUGUUGGGCGGUAUAGGGAGUUUGUGGCAUUCGAUGCUUGAUAUUUGUACGUAGAUCCAGACAAUAGACACUGUAAAUUGGAACUCUCGCUAUACAGCAUAUAUAUAUAUAUAUCCUCCCUCUCUUUGGUUAUGCCGCACUUCAUUCUCACAUAUGUGUAGACCCUGUCCUCUCGUUUCGUCCCAUAGCUGUACUACAGUUCUCGCAACAAUCAUGACUCUCAAAUCAAUAGAACUCUGGGGCCAUUGGGGAGCACCGAACCCAUGGAAAGUCGCUAUGGUUCUUGAAGAACUGAAGUUACCGUAUCACAUUAUGAAGCUGGAGCUCUCUGAGGUCAAGUCACAACCUUACUUGAAACUCAAUCCUAAUGGACGUCUGCCCACAAUCGUAGACCCUAACACUGGCAUCACUCUUUGGGAGUCGGGCGCUAUCAUCAGUUAUCUGGUUGAUCAGUACGACAAGAACGGCGAGAUCUCUUUCAAGAAUGCUCCCGAGAAAUACUUGGUGCAGCAGUGGCUUGAUUUUCAAAUCUCGGGCCAAGGCCCUUACUACGGCCAAGCAGCAUGGUUCGCCCGCUUCCACUCAGAGGAAAUCCCCUCGGCUAUUGACCGCUAUGUGAACGAGAUCGUUCGAGUCAUUGGAGUCCUGGAUGAAGCCCUUGGGAGAAAUGAUACUGGUUGGCUCGUCGGCGACAAGUGCACUUACGCUGACAUAGCCUUUGUCACGUGGGCCGCCGUCGGUCAGGGUAUCUUGAAGCAGUUGAACAAAGCAGAAGGACUCGAAAAGAAGUAUACUAAGUACACGGCAUGGAUCAAAGUCUUGGAAAGUCGUAAAGCAGUUAAAGGAGUCUUGGAGCUCAUGGCAAAAGGAAGAGCUGAACACGGCCUGCCAUGAUCAAUCGAAACACAAAGAUCACGUCAACUCAUUCCAUACGAUAGGUCAUUUUCCUUCAAGCGGCGCCUAUUGGAGCCAAGUCAUUCUGCGUAGCGUAGCAAGGUCAAUAUAGCCUCAUGGAACGACAUGGGAUUCCGUCUCGGAAGAGAAGAUUUGAUUAUCACAGGAUGUUAUGGAACAAGCAAACAUCACGAAAAGUCAAUGCUAUAGAAUAG